AUGGAAAAAUUGUAAAAACUGGACAAAGAAUAAUUCCUCUCGAAACUCCCUAAAGUCCUUAUAAGAAAUCAAGUGAAAAAAGAUGAUUCUGAAGCGCAAAGUCCUAUUAUUCCCUAAGUUUUCGAUCAACUAGAUCACAAUCCUAAUUUGUCGAGAUUUAGAAAAAUGAAAUAAAAGGUCAUAGAGUGA